AUGUUUGAAACAGAAGCGGACCCGGAGCGGGGUUUGCAAUGUCAGCUUUCUUCCGACCCUGACGCAACAUGCGAGCAAAGCGGCUAUCAGCAGUCAUCUUGGAAGCCAAUUAGCCUUGUAAGCCUGGCUGUUUCCUCAAACACAGUGGCCAUGGGAAGCUUUCUUUGGUGUUUGCCGUGA